UAUGAAAAUCAGACUUGAGCGACCUAAGUAGACUUUUUCCUGAACGGAAAGAGCGAUCGGGAACACUCGAGCCGCCAUUGCCGUUUGCCGAGGAAGAGGAGGUUCAGGAAUCAGGAGGAGAUGAGCGGGCUGGAGCAGGAGCUGGGCCUGAGCCUAGGCGUCCUCAUCGACGUCGUCGACGAGCAGUGGAUGCGCGACACCCUCCCCGCCGACGACAUCCCCGUGCCGCCGGCCAUGGCAGUCAAGACUGAGGACGCCGAGGAUCCAGCGCCUGCCACAGAUCAGGAAAACCAACCAGCACAAGGGGAUGUAUGGCGUGAUUUUGCCUUGGAAAAUCUCUGAUCUUUCAUGCUCUACAUUCUACAAGUGCCUCUAGAGCUGAAGAUUCAAUGCUAAGGGUCUACGAGCUGCGUAGUACAUUGCGCUUUCUUCGCCGUGCUGCCCGAAUGUUUGUCUGAACUUAGUUUAAAAUAUGGUUUAUGCAAGUGUUCCAGAUAUUCCCCCCAUGAUGGAUUUGAGCCUUGUGUUAGCCUGUUAUAAAAUCUCCGGUGACGAUGACUGCUAUUUGUCUAUUCAAGCUCUCUAGAUUGUUUGCACAUGAUGGCACGCCUUGUGAUAACCUACUGCUGAAUGUCUUCCAUGACCUUUUGAGGCUCGUGCUUGAUUGCUAGUGUUUCUUAACCUAGCAUGGAGAGAAUGUUUCGGUA